AUGACCUCGUCAAUGCUGCACUACUUUGGCUUUGGCGCCAACACGAAACCAGAAGAUGGCCCUGUGGUCGACAAGCAGGAGCCCGUUCGUGCCUUGCCGGCUUCCUGGUACAGCUCCGACGACUUCUACAGCCUCGAACGAAGGGCCAUUUUCUCACGCCGCUGGCUCAUGAUGACCCACAACUCUCGCUUCAAGGGGCCAGGAGACUGGCUUCGCUACAAUGUUGCCGGCUAUGAUUUGAUCAUCAUCCGUGAUCGCGUGGGAGACAUCAAUGCCUUUCACAAUGUCUGUCGACACAGGGCAUACCCAGUGAUUGAAAAGGAAGGACAAGGAACGGCCAUGAUACUGGCAUGCAGGUACCACGGAUGGUCGUACGGAUUGAACGGCAAGCUGGCCAAGGCUACUGGAUUCAAGGACAUGGACAAGAGCGAAAAGGAACAAAACGGGCUCUUCCGAAUCCAUACCAAGAUUGACAGAAAUGGAUUCAUCUGGAUCAACAUGGAUGCCAAGGAAGAGCCCGAGGUCAGCUGGGACGAGCACUUCAAGAACGUUGACGUGCAAGAGAGAUACAAGCAGAUGAAUUUCGACGACUAUGAGCUCGACCACACGUACGAACUCGAUGGAGAGUACAACUGGAAGGCGCUGUCAGACAACUUCAAUGAGUGUUAUCAUUGCCCGACCACACAUUCCGACAUACCUACCUUUCUCAACCUUGACUCCUUUGACAGCGAUCUCAAGGACGGUCAUGUUCAGCACCACUGCGAGUACACCCCAGAACAAUUGGACAAGGGACUGAACGCGUUGAGUACCUACUACUUUCCCAAUGUCUCCAUGACCAUCUCGCCACACUUUAUGAUGAUACAAAAGUUCCUGCCCUCGGGAUCCAAAAAGUCAGCAAUGCACUAUGAAGUGUUCCGCAACAAGAACUCAUCCACCGAAGACUUUGAAUUGAUCAGCAAAAUGUAUGCACGAGUGAUGGCCGAGGACAAGGUGCUCUGCAACAAUGCGCAAAAGAACAUCAAUACCGGCGUAUAUGUCACGGGCCAGCUGCACCCCAAACACGAAAAGGCGCCCAUUUUCAUCCAGGGGCUCAUUCGCGAGGCCGUCACGGAACAUUACAAACGCGAAAAGGAGCAUGGUCGGGAAAUAUGGCCUGCGCGGCAGCAAUUGCCAGAUAGCGCGACGGUCAGCAUGGAAGAUGUCGAGAUUUGUGAGGGUCUCGCGUGCGCACCGCAGAAUAAGGAAGUUCUGGCGUGGUGA